GGAACGGGAAGGCCAACAUGUCGGCGAAGCACGUUCCCGGAAGUGCGGAUGGCGCCGGCUUGAGCUGCGGGCCUGAGACUAUGGAACGGGUUCUGCCCAUGCUGUUGGUGCCGGUCCCGGCCGAGGCGACCCGGCGGCUGGGAUCCCGGGUGCAGCUGCACGGACGGCAGGAGGCUCUGGCGAGCCUGACGGAUGCGGGCAGCCUUCAAAUACUUUCCUUAGCCCCGGGCGCCCGGGGCGGGGGUGGCUGCUGCCUGGAGGGUCCUUUCCACCAGUCUGUUUGGGAGGAUUGUCGUAACAGCAGCACACCAACAGACAAGCCCAAACUGCUCGCUCUUAGUAAAAAUCAUGAAUUGUUUGUCUAUGAAUUUAAUUUGAAAGAUGGAAGAUGUGAUACAGCUGUUGUUUAUAGCUGUAGUGGGGAUAAGCUGCAAAAGCUCAUUGAAGAUCAAGGUAUCAGUAUUUCCUUAUUGUCUUUGCAAAUUCUAUCAUUUCACAGUAACACAUCAUUAUUGUUCAUCAACAAGUAUAUCAUCCUACACAUUGUGUUUCCUGAAAGAGGUGACGAGGUCAGCGUGCUCGGCUGCUUCACGCUACCCUUGCCUGCACAGACAGCGGAUGCGAUCGUUGACGUGCAGAGUUGCAGAGGAGUUCUUUUUGUUUUGAGUAAUGGAGGCUGGAUCUACAUUUUUGACACAGCCGAUGGUACACAGGUAGCUCAGGUGGAUUUAACGCUUCACCAAGAAGAUACGUGUAAUGAGCAGCAUCAAGAGCCAGCCACGAUUUGUUCCUUUACUUCACUGAAAGUGUCUCAAGACCUAGAUGUUGUAGUGAUUGUCAGCUCUUCCAAUUCUGCAAUUGCUCUGAACUUGAAUUUGUAUUUCAGGCUACACCCAGGACACCUACUGUGUGAAAGGAUGCUAGAAGACAUUCCUAUUCAAGGACCUAAGGGGAUAGAUGAAGAUGAUCCUGUUAACUCUGACUACAACAUGAAACUGACUAACUUCUCUUUCCAGGUUGAUAGGUCUUGGAAAGGUCAGCUGUCAUCACUGAAUGAAACAAUAAAGAACUCCAAACUGGAAGCUUCCUGUUGCGCUCCAUGGUUUCAGGAUAUUUUGCAUUUGGAGUCUCCUGAGUCUGGUUACUGCAGUACCAGUGUGCCAAGCUGGACUUUCAUGCCACAGGACAUAAUGUGUGGCCAGUAUAAUUGGUCACAGGAAGACUAUGCCAAGGCCAGUGAUCCAGGAAGACCAUGGAAAAUCAUGCACAUCACUGAAGAAGAGGACCCCUUAGAGCUUAAAUGCAUGUCAGUGACAAGAUUCACUGCACUGUUUACUUGGGCAGUGAAAAAGACAGGCUGUACCAUUGGCCUCUGGGAUUUGGAGACUCAGGGCAUACAGUGUUUUUCCCUUGGCAAAAAGUGUGUUCCUGUAGACAGUAGUGGAGACCAGCAACUGUGCUUUGUCUUGGCAGAAAAUGGACUCUCUCUGAUUUUAUUUGGUGUGACUCAAGAAGAGUUUUUAAACAGACUUAUGAUCCAUGGAAGUGCCAGCACUGUGGACUUUAUUUGUCAUCUCAAUGGUUGGGGAAGAUGCUCAAUUCCUAUACAUGCACUAGAGGCUGGGAUAGCAAAUCGUCAGCUGGACACAGUCGAUUUCUUUUUGAAGAGCAAAGAAAAUCUUUUUAAUCCGUCCUCAGAAUCUUCUGUACCUGAUGAAUUUGACCACUUUUCAUCUCAUUUAUAUUUAAGAAAUGUGGAAGACCUGACACCAGCAUUGGAUUUACUUUGCUCAGCAAUUAGAGAAAGUGAUUCUGAAGCCCAAAGCAAACAUUUUUCAGAACAAUUGCUUAAUCUCACACUGUCUUUCCUUAACAAACAAAUCAAGGAGCUUUUUGUUCAUGGUGCAGAGCUAGAUGAACACUUACAGAAAGGAGUGAACAUUUUGACCAGCUACAUCAAUGAACUUCGAACCUUCAUGAUAAAGUUUCCUUGGAAGCUAACUGAGGCUGAAGAUGAAUAUGAUGUAAAUGAUGAUCUCCCCAAAAUAAAGGAAAGUGAUGUAUGGGAGAGGAUCAGCUUUGAGGAAGUCAUUGCCGAUGCCAUUUUAAACAACAAAAUACCAGAGGCACAAAUCUUCUUCAGGAUUAAUGGUCAUUCUGCUCAAAGACUCGAGGAGCUGAUUAGAAUAGGCCUCGACUUGGUUUUUGACAAUUUAAAAAAGAAAAAUAUAAAGGAAGCCUCUGAACUUUUGAAGAAUAUGGGCUUUGAUGUAAAAGAUCAGUUGCUCAAGAUAUGCUUCUGUACAACUGAUAAAAAUGUACGGGACUUUCUGGUUGAGAUUUUAAAAGAAAAAAAUUAUUUUUCUGAUAAAGAAAAAAGAACUGUAGACUUCAUGCAUCAAGUUGAAAAGUCUUACUCGGGACAUUCCCCAGAAAAUACACAGAUCCACUCCUUCCCCAGGUAUUGGAUCAAGGAACAUGAUUUUUUCAAGCACAAAUCUGUUUUGGACUCCUUCCUGAAAUAUGAUCAUAUAGAUGAAUUUAACAAACAGGACCAUAGAAUUGCACUAAGUUGGGCACAGUGGUGGGAUCAGCUGACACAAGAAUCCAUUCUUCUUCCUAGGAUAAGUCCAGAAGAAUACAAAUUAUAUUCUCCUAAAGCCCUCUGGAGAUACCUCACGGCUCGCCAUGAUUGGUUAAGCAUCGUCUCGUGGAUUGGAGAAUUUCAGACUCAGGAUAGUUAUGUUCCACAUCACCAGAAUAAAUGGCCCUCCCUGACUAUUGAUGUCAUUGAUCAGGAUACUUGCUGCAACAGUUACAUGAGAAAUAGAAUUUUAGAUACACUGGGCAGGAAUGGGAUUUUUCUUACAUCUGAAGUGGAAGACUUUGAACUCUUCCUCCUAAGACUGAGCCGUAUUGGGGGUGUGAUACAAGUUACCCUCCCUGUUCACAACUACAUGAGUAAAGAAGGUUGGGAUUUCCACUCUCAUUUCAUUCUGUAUUGUUUGGAACAUGGUCUGCAGCAUCUUCUUUACGUCUAUCUUGACUAUUACAGACUUAGUCCUGAAAAUUGCCCUUUUUUGGAAAAAAGAGAAUUACAUGAAGCCCACCCUUGGUUUGAAUUUCUAGUUCAGUGUCGGAAAGUUUCCAGCAAUUUAACAGACCCUAAGCUGAUCUUCCAGGCUAGCCUUGCAAAUGCUCAGAUUUUGAUUCCCACGAACCAGGCCAGUGUGAGCAGUAUGCUACUGGAAGGACACACCCUCCUGGCCCUUGCUACCACCAUGUAUGCUCCAGGGGGUAUCAGCCAGGUUAUUCAGAAUGAAGAUACUGAGAGCUGUUUGAAGAAAGUGGAUCCUCAGUUACUGAAGAUGGCAUUACCUGCUUACCCCAGGCUCAAAGCUGCUCUCUUCCCACAAUGCACUGCUCUGAGUGUCCUGCCACCUGAUAUUACACUCUACCACCUAAUUCAGUCAUUAUCACCCUUUGAUCCUAGCAGAUUGUUUGGCUGGCAACCUGCUAACACUCUAGCCGUAGGAGAUGCGUCAGGUCGUCUCCCACAUUUCUCUAGCCCUGACCUGGUUAAUAAGUAUGCCAUAGUGGAACGUCUGAAUUUCGCGUAUUACUUGUAUCAUGGACGGCCAUCAUUUGCAUUUGGUACUUUUCUAGUCCAGGAAUUAAUCAAGAGCAAGACUCCCAAACAGCUGAUCCAGCAAGUAGGCAAUGAAGCCUAUGUUUUGGGUCUCUCCUCCUUCCACAUACCUUCAAUAGGAGCUGCCUGCGUGUGUUUCUUAGAAUUGCUUGGCCUUGACAGCCUCAGGCUUCGAGUUGAUAUGAAAGUGGCCAAUGUCAUUUUGAACUACAAGUGUAGAAAAGAAGAAGCCCCGUACAGCUUUGUCAGAGAGUCUCUAGGUGAAAAACUAUCUAAGCUGGCUGAUGGUGAAAAGGCAACCACAGAAGAAUUACUUGUCCUGUUAGAGGAAGGUACAUGGCACAGCAUUCAGCAACAGGAAGUGAAAAGGUUAUCCAGUGAAUCCAGCAGCCAGUGGGCAUUAGUGGUGCAGUUCUGCAGGCUCCACAAUAUGAAACUAAGCACAUCUUAUCUGAAAGAGUGUGCCAGAGCGGACGACUGGCUGCAGUUCCUUAUUCACAGCCAACUCUAUAACUACCAGCCAGAGGAGGUGAAACCUCUUCUCCAGUACUUCAACCCAGUCCUUCAAGACCACCUAAGACUAGCUUUUGAGAACUUGCCCCCAGUGUCCAACUCCAGAAUGGAAGGGGAUCAAGUCUGCAACAAGUUCCCCCAGGAAUUCCAGAAGAACAGAGAACAUGGGACUGAUUUCUUUGACAUUCUGCUCCAGUGCUCGGAGGAACCCAGCUCCUGGUGCUGGCUCCUGGCUGAGGCAGUGAGACAACAGGCCCCUAUCCUCAGUAUCCUGGCUUCAUGUCUCCAGGAUGCCAGCGCUGUUCCUUGUCUCUGCGUUUGGAUCAUCACUUCUGUGGAGCACAGUGUGGGAGCUGAAGCAAUGGCACACAUUCAGGACUCGAUAGAGGACCACACCUGGGACCUUGAGGACCUGUCGGUCAUCUGGAGAACAUUAUUAACAAGGCAGAAGAGCAAAACUCUCACCAGAGGUUUUCGACUUUUCUUUAAGGAUUCUCCAUUACUAUUGAUGAUGGAGAUGUAUGAACUGUGUAUGCUGUUCAAGAAUUAUAAAGAAGCUGAAGUUAAACUUCUGGAGUUCCAGAAGAGCCUUGAAACUCUUGACACGGCAGCCACCAAGAUACACCCUUUUAUCCCUGCCGCGUGGCUGAAGGAUCAGGUGUGUUUCCUUUUGAAGCUUAUGCCGCAGCAGUGUCAGACCCAGUAUGAGCUGGGGAAGGUUUUAGAACUGUCCGUUGGAAUACAGCAUCUUUUCUCUGAUGGUCCAGAUGUAAAGAAGCUGUAUGCUCUGAGCCAAAUUUUGAAGGAUACAUCUGUCGCCAUUAGUCAGAUGAUUAUUACUAGCUACAGCACUGAAAACUUUCAGCAUGAAUGUAGAUCUAUUUUGGAAAGACUGCAAACAGAUGGACAGUUUGCUUUGGCCAGAAGGGUAGCAGAAUUAGCUGAGUUACCUGUGGACAACUUGGUUAUUAAAGAGGUAACACAGGAAAUGCAGACCCUAAAACAUGUUGAACAGUGGUCCUUGACACAAGCAAGAAUUGACUUCUGGAAAAAAUGCCAUGAUAAUUUUAAGAAAAACUCUGUCUCAAGCAAAGCAGCCUCUUCCUUUUUCUCAUCCCAAGCUCUUGGAGUGUGUGAGCACCCAAGUGGACAGGGCAGUAUUGAGGAACGCCACCUACUACUCACCCUGGCCGGGCACUGGCUUGCCAAGGAUGACCCGGUGUCCUUGGACAAACUGGAGGCGCUGGAGAAACAGAUCUGGCUCUGUCGCAUUUCCCAGCACACCCUCAGGGGAAACCAGGAGGAGAUGGAGCCCAGAUUCUCUCGACAGAUCUCAGCUACUGGUGAACUUUCCUUUGAUAGCUUAGCCAGUGAGUUUUCCUUCUCCAAGUUGGAUGCUCUAAACUCAUCAAAAUACUUAGAACUUAAUGGCCUUCCAUCCAGAGAGACAUGUGAGCCUAGACUAGAUUGGAAGGAACAGGAUUCACUGAACUUUCUGGUAGGGCGCCUGUUGGACGAUGGCUGUGUGCACGAGGCGAGUAGAGUGUGCCGGUAUUUUCAUUUCUAUAACCGAGAUGUUGCCUUGGUGUUACACUGCAGAGCGCUGGCGUCAGGGCAAGCUAGCGUGGAUGACUUGCACCCAGAGAUCCGUGCUCUCCUCCAGAGUGCUGAGCUGCUUGAGGAAGAAGAGCUUGCUGUUCCUCCGAGGAAAGUCCAGAGCACGUCAAGUUUGGACAGUCAGUCUUUGGUGAUGGUGCCCCCCAGCGAUGAAGUGGUGCUCAGUCUGGAAACUCUGACGAGCAAGUGCCUCCACGGGAAGAACUACUGCCGCCAGAUCAUCUGUCUGUAUGAGCUUGCCAAGGAGCUGGGCUGUUCCUACACGGAUGUUGCUACACAGGAUGGCGAGGCCAUGCUCCGGGCGAUCUUGGCCUCCUGUCAGCCUGACCGAUGCAGACGCGCCCAGGCCUUCAUCAGCACCCAGGGCCUCGAGCCAGACACCGUGGCUGAACUCGUGGCUGAAGCGGUGACACGGGAGCUGCUGACCCCAUCAGAGGGAACAGGCCACAAGCCCGUGUGCAGCCCUGCAGAGCAGAGCCAGCCGUGUCUUCAACUGGUUGCCCUGUGUCCAGACCGCACCUUGGUGGGCAUGAAGUUGCUGGAUAAGAUUUCCGCCGUCCCGCACGGGGAGCUGUCGUGCACCACAGAGCUGCUCAUCCUGGCGCAUCACUGCUUCACCCUGUCGUGUCACAUGGAGGGCAUCAUCCAGGUCCUGCAGGCUGCCCGGAUGCUCACGGAUAACCACUUGGCUCCCAACGAGGAGUACGGACUGGUGGUCCGCCUCCUCACCGGCAUCGGAAGGUACAACGAGAUGACUUACAUAUUUGAUUUGCUGCAUAAGAAGCACUACUUCGAGGUGCUGAUGAGGAAGAAGUUGGAUCCGAGUGGGACGCUGAAAACAGCCCUACUGGACUACAUCAAACGCUGCCGCCCUGGAGACAGUGAGAAGCACAACAUGAUUGCCCUGUGCUUCAGCAUGUGCCGGGAGAUCGGCGAGAACCACGAGGCAGCUGCCUGCAUCCAACUGAAAUUGAUAGAGUCUCAGCCCUGGGAGGACAGCCUCAAGGAGGGGCACCAGCUGAAGCAGCUGCUGUUGAAGGCCCUGACGCUGAUGGUGGAUGCGGCCGAGAGUUAUGCCAAGGACUCCUGCGUGCGCAAGGCCCAGCACUGUCACCGGCUCACCAAGCUGAUAACGCUACAGAUCCACUUUCUGAACACUGGCCAGAACACAAUGCUCAUCAAUUUGAGCCGCCACAAGCUACCGGACUGUAUCAUGGCCCUACCUCGGUUCUACCAGGCUUCUAUCGUGGCUGAGGCCUACGACUUCGUUCCAGACUGGGCUGAAAUUCUGUACCAAAAAGUGAUUCUUACAGGAGAUUUUAAUUACUUGGAAGAAUUUAAGCAGCAACGGUUAUUAAAACCCAGUAUAUUUGAAGAAAUUUCUAAAAAAUACAAACAACAUCAGCCUGCUGAUACGGUCACAGAAAACCUAAAGAAGUUACUCACAUACUGUGAAGACAUCUACCUGUAUUAUAAGCUGGCUUAUGAACACAAAUUUUAUGAAAUUGUAAACGUGCUUCUGAAGGACCCUCAGACAGGCUGCUGUCUAAAGGACAUGCUAGCAGGUUAGAUUUCACAGGUGCCUGUUUGCUUGUACUGAUGGCAGGUUCCGACAGAUGUCCGCGAUCAGAGUAGAUCGUUGUUCAAUGCGAAAAGACCCAGCACUAGCAGUGUUUAUGUUCCUUUGUGACUAGUAAUGAAUCGGAGACUUUUUGCAAGGGAAUCCCUACUUAAGUUACUCAUCUGUAGCAUUUUAUGUGGAUACUAGUCUUUAGAUCAAAAGCCCCCUCCUUUUUGGAGGCUUCUACUUCAGGAGGUGAUAGAGUAAUGAUUAAAGAAUACCUGUGCCUGCAGAUUCCAGUUUCAAAGAAAUUUAAUAUUAUUUACAUAGUUAAGGAAUAGGUAGGUGAUACAUUUUCGUUUGUUAGAAACUGAUCUUUCUAUAAUAAAAAAUAGAUUUUAA